AUGCUCUUACCCCGCACCAUCGUCUUCACGGUUGUCGGGCUCCUGCUGCAAGUCGCCUCGGCCGAAGUGAUCGUACCGUAUCCCAACCGGAACACUACAUGGAUCGUGCGUGCGCAUCACAACGUGACCUGGAGGACAGCAGGAGCUGGACAGCAGGACCCGAGCCUCACGUCGAGUCUGACGGCCAACGCCACCAGCUCGACGAGUAUUUCCAUUAAUGCGACAGCGAGUGAUACGACGAGCACCGCUAUGACUUCCGCGACGAGCGCAGGGAGCAGUACUGCGGCGGCGAACGGCACUGUGACGGUGACCGUCUUUGCAACGGCGAACACCACGUCUAGCAGUGCACGCAGCGACUCGAAGAGUGAAGGAACCUCCAUCAUAAGCACUACCUCGAUAGCGGUAUCCGGCGGCAGCAGCGUAGCAGCGAACACCACAGGUGCUGCUACGACUGCUACAGCCUCCGCCGCUAGCUCCACGUCCGGCGCGGCCAGCAGCUCUUCAAAUCCGACUGGCAGCGAUGCCAACAACACCAUGAGUACAAGCACCUCGACAUGCACAUGCACCAACCAAGCCAUUGCCCGACGUACCAACAGCGACCUGUCCGUAGAGAAGAUCCGAUUGUACACAGGAAAUCACAUUAGCACCGAGGUGCUCGUGUGGGCCGGGAAGGUGGACUUCGCCGCGGGCCGUGUCGAAAUCCAAGUUCCGAAUGUCAUCAACGGCUCUGACUAUAGCAUCGGAAUCAUCACCAGCGACGGUCAAGAGGUCGUCGUUAGCGACCAGUUUACCAUCGUGUCCGGUUGA